UUAUUCUUUGUAGGACGAUAACUAUCUAAUCACGAUUAUUAAUUGUACAAUGAACUCGUACGCUUGUGGGAUUUUGACAAACACUUCUAUCAGGACCAAACUAGACAGUCAGGAAACGCGAAUGUGCACCUUAGAUGGCGCGAUGAGAAUAAAAAAACCUCAGUGGCAGAGAACUUUAACGGUGCUGGAACAGAAAGGGAAGACCCCAGCGAAGACUUUGACGUCAAGGAACAGUGGUCCAACUGCAGUCGUCGACCACGAUGAACAAGGCACCAAUUACCGACGGCACCGGAACAGCAGGAAGAUGCCGGAAACAUGAGAAACUCAAGAGAAUGACCACAGGUUCGAGAAAAGGCAAUUUAGGGUUCUCAUACCAUGCCAAUUUUUCUGAAUGAUCUUUCUGGAAUUGUUCCUGCAUCAAUGAUCCUUUUAGGCAUGUACUGGAAAGAAAUGAAUGCAGAUUCUGAAUGGAUAGAACUCUAUAGCCUGCAACUAUCUUUACCAUUUAAAUAUUGAUAAGUUCGUCCUAUUUUCCUCUCCCAAAAAUGCUGGGGAGAAACGGUAUACAUUUAUAUAUAUUAUGUUUGUUGGGUUAGACAAGAACUGACUAGUUUUCAGUAAAUCAACAAUUAUGUGAAUAACGAUAAUGAUGUUAAAAAUAACAACAAUACUUAUAUAAUUGGGAACAGCUGUUAUAUAAUUAGAACAAUAACACUAAAAUUAUGAGUAUGGAUUGGACUGUGUUCUUGUUCUUUGCAGGCUAAAGAAAAUGAUGCUUUUGAUGGAGUUGAGGAAGGAUAUGAAAGUUCGUGGGAUGAGAUCUCAUCUGUUUCUUCCUAUAAUCAUUUGAAGGAAGAUAUGCAUAAAGCUUUUGGAAGUUCAUUAUCAUUGCGGUCAAUUGCAGCAAGGUCUUCCAAUAGAGGUUCUGUUUAUCUUGAAGAUUGCACGAGCAUAUCUUCAAACUUUGCACUUCCUCAGCUGUCUGUGGCUGAGGUCUUACAUGAUUCUACUGGCGAUGCUUUGUCCCCAGAUAGAUCUUCGGCUAUCGCAUCUCCAAGUCAGCAGCUAAAAUUUCCAAAAACCCUUUCUGUAGAUGAUGACACAAGGGUAUCAUCUGCCUCCAGAAAUGCUGAAUCUGGAGCAUCAGAAGGGUAUGUUCGAGGAAGAUCAUAUAAUAUCAGACUGGAUGACGAAGUUCUACUAAGAUUUUCACCAAAGAACUCUGAGUCAAAUUACUACUUCAGUGAUAUGAUAGGUGGAACCCUUACCUUCUUUCAUGAAGAAGGGCCUAGGAGAUGCCUUGAGUUGACAAUAGCUCUGGAGAUGAUGGAGACUAUAAGUCGGCACUUUGUCCAUCCUUCUCGGAGGCAUUCUCCUAUUAUUACUAAGGUUCAGAGUGAUCACCAUGAGGUUGUUGCAGAUUUAUUAGAGACUAGCUUUCUCUUUUCCAUGCCUAUGGAUGGACCAUUGACUUUUUAUACCUGCUAUGUCUCUGUGCAAUGGGCUCUUCGUUUUGAAUUUCUUACGACUCCAAAGAAUGUGGACUGGACAAGGUGGGUACAACUCAUUGAAGGUGCAAGAUACAGCAAUGUGAUUUAACGGGUUAAAGCUACAUAUUCCAUGGAAAUUGGGUUCUUCCCAGGGAUCAUGCGGUGAAAUGCUGGACUGCUAUAAUAAAAGUUUCACCCACAUAAGAUCGACUAUUUCACAAUGUAUUGACAAGUGGCGAGGAUGCGUUCCUUUCAGCAUCAGUCAUAGAGUAAUUUAUUUCACACCAGAACGAGAGAAAUUUACCAGUUUCUGUUAAGUUUUUCCUUUCUUCUUUGUUUCGUCGAUUCGUUCCUUUUGUACUUUCGAAAAUUCUCUGAGAUGCCGGAAUUCUUUGUUACAUGCUUCUGCGCUUGUACAUUUGUAAAGUGUUACUUACAUAAUAAUAAUUCUCUUGUUUUCCAA